UUUUAUUGCAUUUCUGGCUCCUGAUGGUGGUGGCUUCUGCGAAGAGAGAGAGAGGCCCAUUUCUUCCCCUUCCGCCCAUAAACUCCAGCCAACGGGGAGGGCGGCCUGGCACUCCGCCACCAGAACUGGCAAGGAAUGUAGCUUAGGAAAGAAGACGGCGGGGGGAGUAAAAACUAAGGGGGAAAAACAGAAACACACUGAGCUUGCUUAGAGCCCGGGCUGCAGGCCCCGCAACUCGGACAAGAUGGAGUGCUGGUAGCGGUUCAUUGGGGGGGUCUGCCCCGCAGGGUCCGUCCUCUCUGGAGCAGGACACAAAUGUUGACCCCCAUCCCCGUCUCCAGAGCUACCUGGAGGAAGGGGGUUGUGGACUGCAGCUGCCCAGGACCACUUGGCAAAAUCUCUCCCCACAAGCAGAGUUGCCUUUAAAAACACAUCUCCAAGAGAAUCCCGUGCGCUGUGACUGGAAAUGCUUACGAUAAAGCUGCCUCAGAUCUUCAGGGUCCACCAAGUACCUCGUAUCUUCUGGGAAGAUGGGAUCAUCUCUGGCUACCGUCACCCCAAAAGCUCUGCCUUGGAUUGCGUCCUCAGCACUUUUCAGUUGAACAACGAAACCCUCAACAUUUGGACACAUUUUUUGCCGACGUGGUAUUUUCUGUGGCGCUUCCUGAUGCUCUCCUACAGCCUGGACUUCUGGCGUGACACCUACAGCUGGCCCUUCCUGGCCUACAUGGUGCUGGUGUGCCUCUACCCCUUCACCUCCAGUUGUGCCCACACGUUCAGCACCAUGUCCACCCGUGCCAGGCACAUCUGCUACUUCUUGGACUACGGAGCGCUCAGCCUCUACAGUUUGGGCUGCGCUAUCACAUACGGAGCCUACGCAAUGCCUGAUGUCUGGGUGGGCAGCCCUUUGCACCACUGCUUUGUCCCCCUGGCGGCCCUGAAUUCCUUUAUCUGCACCAGCCUGUCUUGUUACUCCCGAUUCCUGGAACUGGAGUGUCCUUCUUUGUGCAAGAUCUUGAGGACUACAGCCUUUGCUUACCCUUUUGUCUUCGACAACAUUCCAUUGUUCUACAGGCUCUUGUUCUGCUUUGGCGAAGACUGUGCCUGGAAUGACUCCGUCCCUGGUUACUUCUACCACCUUAUUUUUGCAGCCCUCACCGGCUUCCUCUUCGCUUCCCACCUGCCAGAGCGCCUGGCCCCUGGGCGCUUUGAUUACAUUGGACACAGCCACCAGCUCUUCCACAUCUGUGCUGUUGUGGGCACCCAUUUCCAACUGGAAUCUGUUUUAUGGGACUUGCAUUCGCGCCGCGCCUGGCUGAGUGCUCACGCCCCGCCGGCCACCUUCACCCAGACUUUUGUCAUCCUCGGAGCUGCCCUGCUGGGCAAUCUCGCACUCGUGGCUGCCUUCACCAUGGCCCUCCUCCGGUCCUCCGGCACAACACUGAUUCUGCAGAGCAACGUCCCUGAGGUGGAACGGCCCAAGGAGCAGUGAUGGAGGGGCUCUCUGGCUUUGGUUUCUCCGAGGGACCUUCGUUCCGCCUCCCUCGGGCAGCCACUCCUUUGAGAGCCCCUGGGUGAGAGUUUCGUCCGCUGUUGCACUUUAUACCUCAGUGUUCUGUGUCCGGAGGAACAUGGCGCCUGGGUCAGAAGGGGGGGGGGACCCUUUUGAAUGUUCCUCCUAAGUUUGAGCACUUUAAACAUUUGGUUGGGACUUGACUGUUCGUGGUUGUGCAGCGCGGAGACACACAACUGAAUGCCUCCCCCCACAGUAUGUCAGAGAAGUGGACUUGGGUUUUUGCCUGGGACGGCCAUUGCUGGCUCUCUCUCCUGCUACACAGAGCCUGAUUUCCACUUUCCAUUCGGCUCUGCUUCCAGGGGUGCAAAAUUCUAAAUAUCUGGGCACCGCGUCAUUUCUCUUCGGAUGUUCUCUUCAGGAGAGCUGCUGUUGCACUGAGAGUCCUGCUCAUGGGCUUCCCAUUGUGGGUAUCGGUGUCGGCCAUUUUGAGGACAGGAUGCUGGGCUAGAAUGGGCCUUUAGCCUGAUCCAGCUCCAGGCCUCCUCUAAUGUUCUUACAUAACUCUUGUCUCCAACGAUGGCAAGCAGAUACCUCCAGGGAGAGGGUGAAGGCACCCUGUAUUCUGAGGGAGGCUUCCUCUGAACAUGGAGCCUAGACCUGCUCUGCAUCCAUUUCUCUCACCCCCUUUUAAACCACCCACACUAUCACCACAUCUUGGGGCAACAAAUUCAAUCCAUUAAUCCUGCAUCGUACAAGGCUCCUUUCUAUUCGUCUACCACCAACCCAUUUUUCUUGAGCAACUUCCCUCGCCCAUCUUGCAUUCUGUCUCAGAUUCUCCAGCUGUGGCUCCUGCGUUGCAGGGACACGGACUAGAUGAGAAGGUCCCUUCCGAUUCUACGAUCCUGUGAUUCUCAUGUGACACAAGAGGGUGGAGGGAUCCUCUGUGGGCCAAAACCCCAGAAAGAGAGGACUCUCUCCACACUCGGCGCAAGAGAAUAGCACCGCCCAUAAGAGAACUAAGCGCGUGUGCCUUUCUUUUGGAUUGCACAGCUUAUUUGUCGCACGAAAACCCAAAUGGCAUCUCUCCCCACCCCAUGUUGCACUCAUUAAUUGUUAUCCAAUUAUUGGGAAGUUCCCCUGGGAAAGCCCUGUCAGGAGAGGAGAUGCUGAGUGAGUGCAACUACCGCAGUUGAGCACCAUUGUGAGUUGUUGUUUUUUUACGCAAGAAGGCCCCAGCCUAAAUCCGUUUGCUGUAAGAACGGAGAGCAACAGCAGGAUGAGAAUUCUCUCUGCCUCCUGUAAGCAAGAUUAGACAAAGAACUGGCUCAGAUUGCAAAAGGCAGUUGGAUGCUGGGAUGAUCCAUAAAGGUGCACAAGUGCGAUGGAUUAAGCUGGCGGUUCCCAAACAUUUUUGGUCCAUGCCCCCUUGGUUCCAUAAACUCAUCCCCAGAGGUUCCCCCCAUU